AUUUGGUUGCAAGAGGAGGUGGCGCCACUUGCUUGAUGUGCGCCUAAACCAGAGCCCCUGGACACACGCGGAGGACGAGCGCCUGUGAGCCCUGGCCACUAAAUGGGGCAAGUGCAACUGGGACCAGGUGGCAAGCAUGGUGCCUUGCCACACAGGUGACCAGUGCAGGGAGCACUACAAGAACAAUUUUGCCCAAAGAUUUGUCUCGGAUCCCUACACUCCGGACGAGGACUACAGCCUGUUGGAGCUGGGGCAGAAGCACGUAGCUGGCCAUUGGUCCAAGGUGGAACAGGAGAUGCCCUGGCGGACAGCCAACUUGGCAUUGAUGCGUUACCGAUGGCUGACCGAGACCCUCGGCACCAAGCAGCCAACCGUGGCUGAUCUGGUGGAGCGCUCCCUGCCGGCACCUGCAGCUCACGUGAAUGCAGCGCGACGUGCCCGCCUCACGGGUCUUGACAAGCGCCUGGACCUGUACCGGCGCGUCUGCCGCCACCUCACCACCCAGAGACUGAAACGUGCUGCCCUGCUGCUGGCCAAGUGCUGCACAAUCUGCAUGACUUGCCAAGGCCACCUCUGUAUCCCGACAUUGAGAAAGUGGGCACCCUGCCCACCUUCGAAGAGUUCUUCUGCAAGGAGGUGCUUGGCGUGCCAGACAGAUUCCAGCCCGACGCAGGCAGCCUCGUGCCGCCCCUGCUGCCACCCAAUGAGACCACAGUGGCUACCUUUGGGCAACUUUCAGAUCGUUAAGCCAAUGGCGACCUCGCUGAUUCCUUGCCAGCACUGCAGGAUAGCUCAUAAUUUUCUGAGCUCUCAGCAGCUCUUGAUGCAGACAGCGUUGAGGACAUACGCUGCACUGAGUGCACGUCCAGGAGCCUUCUGGAAGAUGACCUCUUGUCUGUCAGCAACAGAGCUUUGCAGCAGUCCUGCAGUCGGCGUCAGGAGCUGCGAGCCACCUGAAGGAACUAUGAGGUGCUGCUAGGCACGUUUCAUUUCGUACUUUUUCUGGCCUGCGCUGAUGGACACUCUGAACAUUCCCAACGCAAUGGAGCUCCCACCAAACACGCAAAAGAAACACAGCAAGUACUACCACAAGAAGUCCAAGCUGAAAAAGCCAUGGGUGAAGGAGAAGUGGAAGGAGCGCAAGCGACUGGCUGCAGUGGCAGAGGCAACUGCGUCUGGUGCCAUAUCAGAGCACAGGGAUGGCAGUGCAGGAGAGGACGGCACUGUUCUGGCCUCUCGUGCAGCCCGCUCUGCCGUGGAUGCAUAAGCUCACUUGAACGCACCUGCUGCUCCAUCCUAUUUCAUGCCCACAUUCCAUGCUUCACCCGCCGUGGUUGCUCAGUGGCUAUGGUGUUGGGCUGCUGAGCACGAGGUCGCGGGAUCGAAUCCAGGCCACGGCGGCUGCAUUUCGAUGGGGGCGAAAUCGCCCCAGAACUAGAAUUAAUAGAAUGAUUUAAACAUGUGGUUAGAAACAACAAAACACAGAAUGUGUUCACACAACAGGAACUAAGGUAGUAAAAAAAAGUAUAUAUAUAUGUAUAUGCUAUCUAUUUAUUUGCGCUAUUUGUGAAUUUAUGCGCCCAUUUCGCAUACAUGUGAAUUGUAAAUGCAGAAUUUGUUCUCCACCUUGGGGCUUAUCAUUAUAACUAUAUAUUUUUGGCUUGCUAUGUAGCUUCUCAAUGCAGAAAAACUUCAUUAUAUUGAAACUGCAAUGCAAAAUUAUGAAUUCACACUGCUCGUCAUUUAGGAGUGUUUGCAGACUGUCACAAAAAUGUUGAAAGGAUUGCUGCACUAUACAACAAAAUAUUAGACUUCACAAGUCACUUAAGAGGACUUAAUUCAUAUCCCAAUUCUCUGACCCAAAACAAACAAGCAAGAAGUUUGUGAACAAGGCACAUCAACAGCCACGAACAAUAAAUGCAAAAUAUUACGGAGUUUUAGAAUAUGGACAAUCAAACUUAGGUCGCCCCAAACAGUGAACACUUUGCGUUUCUGGUUUACCAAGAACGAAACCCAUUCAGAGCUAACGCCUUGUUUCGGAAUUGGGUUUGUGUUGAGCGCUUGCAAUGCCUUUAUAGCUUCCGAAGCAACUUUUAAAAUCAGUGCUUCAUAAAUCAUUAGUGAUAACAAUAUAGCACAUGCGCUUGUUGCAGGUUUAACAAUAAAGGCGAAAGGUGAGAACUGGUUGAUUCACAUUUUAUGCAGUAAUGGUAACAUUAACCUGAUCAUCAUCAUCAGCCAAUAUUUAUGUCCGCUGCAGGACGAAGGCCUCUCCCUGCGAUCUCCAAUUACCCGUCUUGCGCUAGCUGAUUCCAACUUGCGCCUGCGCAUUUCCUAA